CAAGAUUAUAUUGGAUUGGGUGUAUCAGUGAACAAGAAAGAUGCUUCAACGAAUGCAGCGCGUGAUUUUUCGCAUUUUUUGAUUCGUCAGAAACUACUCGAUCCUUCCGAAAUGCCAUCUCUGACGGCAGAAUCGUUGGAAGCGACUACUGUUAAGAUGAGCGCUGAUGGAUGGGGAUCAGGGAGUGCUGCUGGUGAUGAUGGAUCAUUGCUGAAGAGUGAAGGGGUGGAUUAUGCUGAGGGCAACAUUGCAACAUCACCAUAUAUCCCUCCACAGAAACCAAAAACUGAGCAUGAAAAAUAUAUUGAACAAAGGGCGCAGGAAGUUGCGCAGGUGGACUGA